UUCACACAUGGAGCGGAUCGUCACGUUUUGGGACUGAAUAGACGACCUUUUUUUGUGUGUGCACUGAAUAUGAUUUGUCCGAACUGGCUGCAUCCUGCAGAGACGUUUUAGGAGUUGUGCUUUGAUUCAGUUUAUUCAGUGAAUUUAACAAAAAAAGAAGAAGCCUAUUUCUUCCGCACCUCCGGUUCGCCUCCGGGGCCUCAGCACAAUCACUUCAUCAGGUUACACGCGGCGAGCGCAGCUACGUGCCUGCACUCAUUCCCUUAAGCCUGCGGAGCCGGGAGGGCGGAUGAGUUCGAAACUCGCGGUCAGCAUCUCUUUCUCUUUCCUGAGUAGUUGGGCACUUUGGUUGGAUUGUUUAAUUGUGCACACCGGGAGCCAUCACCGUCACCUCCUCUCCACUCGCAGACUUCGCGAAAUGAAACUUGUCAUCCAGGCUGCGGUGGCGCUUUAUCUGCUGCUCUCACCUGCACAGAGUCUUCCUUUGUCAAGCAUAAACAAUACAACUGAAGUGUUGAUGUUCCAAGAAGUAUGGGGCCGCAGCUUCUGCCGGACCAUUGAGAAGCUGGUGGAGGUGGUGCAGGAGUACCCGUCAGAGGUGGAGCACAUCUACAGCCCCGCCUGUGUGCCACUGGUGAGGUGUGCAGGUUGCUGUGGGGAUGAAAACCUGGAGUGCCAUCCCACUCACACCUCAAACGUCACCAUGCAGCUGUUGAAAAUCAGGCCAUCAGAGCCGGGUCAAGAAUAUGUUGAGAUGACGUUUGUGGAGCAUCAGACAUGUGAAUGUAGAGUCAGGAAACCUAUUGUGAAUGUUGAAAGGAAAAGGCAAAGAGGAAGAGGAAGGAAGAGAAAGGAGAGACAGAAAACGAAAGAAUGUGACAGCUGCCAGAUUCCACGCAGAUAACUGCAGUAAGAGUCCAACCAGUUGCAGUGUGGCUCACUAUUUAUUUCCAACCCGGUGACAGCAUCCAGAGUCUCCUUGCUGUCUGCAGCCAGAGGCUCAAACAGCUGGCUUGUUUUGCUGACAUGCCCUCUUGCUGAUGGGCAGAUCGUUUAUAAUGACAUGCCUCAACCGGAAGUGUGUUUUGAUUGGUGGAGGAAACACUGCUGUCACACCUGACACAACGGACAUCCCUGGGAGCCAGUGCAAUGUCGAACCAAACAGACCGACGCCUUCUCUUUUAUACUAGUUAUUACUGUAUCAGUUAUUGUAAUUUGGUAAUUUCUUUGGUAUUUAAUGAUGGUUACACUUUUUUUACAUCUAUAUUUAUUGAUACAACUGAAUAUAUUUGGACUAGCAACCUUUCAAAAGUUGGUCAUUUUUUUGUUAUCUACAUUAUCUAAGACACCUUGACUUGUCAUAGCAACAAGUUGGACUGAGUGUGCAGCUGCUUUGCACAUGCAACAAUGAAAUGUCUCCCUCUAGUGUUAAUAGAAACCGUGUUCAAAACUGCUCUGGAAUGAAGUAUUCUUUCUUUUUUUAGAUCAAUUAUACAAAUAAGGUUAGACUUAGGACAGUAAUGUCAGUCACAAUCACUUCAUCAACUUAUUGGACUCUUCUACGAUCACUAUUAUGGAGGUAACGGAAUGAAUCCUCUCCCUCUGUAGCGAAGUGUGAACAGGCAUUAUUAGACCUUUAUUUAACCAGGUAAAAUCAAUUGAGAACCAAUUCUCAUUUACAAUGAUGACUAUAAAGUGUUUUCAUCAAAUAAGAACAAUACGGAUCAGAGAAAUCGGGCAACUGAAGACGUGUCCACAGAAGAUUGUGUAUAAAUAAAUGACUAUGAUGUAUCAAAUUGUCUAUGUGUCAAAACAUCUAAAUGUUUGUUUGAAAUCUAUCUCUCUUUCUCUAUUGAUUUGGAGAGUUGGAUCACAUCAGACUUCAUCAGUUUAUUUCAACACCAGGAAGUGUGUUGUAGACUGCAUAUUGGACGUGGCAAGCCCAGUAGGAAUGGGCAGAUCAAUACUCCAAUAACCAAUACAUUAAUUUGGUGAUGAAUGUUUGUUGCCUUGUUUACUGUGAUUACACGUUUCUCACAGAUAUAAAAGCAUUUUGGUGACUCCCUCAAGAGCACAUGUGUCUUUCUAAGUCUAUUGGAAAGGAUCAGUUGAAGUAAUAAUGUAAAAUUCUGUCCUUUUGUAUUUUUUAUCCUGUACUACACAAAGAAAAUCUCUAUCAAAAUGUACAAAGUAACAUUUCUACUGUGUUAGUAUUUUCUUUUUCAUUUAGAUAUUUAUUUUUGUUAUUAAAUUGUUAUGUUGUCA